ACCAAAACAUUGGAACAGAUAUGCCAAAAUAUAAAGAUCAAUGAAAAAAGGUGGAGGGUAACUGAGUAAAGAAAUGGGCGAACAACUAAGAAAAUGUACAAAGAAAAGAAGAAAACGGAGAGGAGGAAGUGCAGAAGAAAAGAACUGAAGAAGGCCAAGUUGCUGAAGCUACUAACGAAGUGAGAUGAACUGCGAUGGGUGGCUUUAUUCAGAGGGAAGCUUACAACUUGCGCCAGCUUCCACUAAACACUAAUCAGAAAGAAUUGUUAACUUGACUCAAAACAGAGAAUGAUGAAGUCGUGGACACAAACACGCGGAAAAAGAACACAGUCCAUUCCUUUAUUUAACAGGCCAUUUUCUAAUCGUAAUUAAAUCCAGCUUUAUUUCAAGAGGGCUUCGAGCAUUACAAUCAGUCAAUCACUACUACUUAGAUUUCAAUUUCAAAUCUGACUUGUAUUUGCUGCUUGGCUAAGGAUUUACGUUUGACACUUUCUGGACAACAAAGAAAGAGCUUGAGGAAGGAAAAUCAAUUUUGUUAGAGCUCUUGAAAGAGUAAAAGAAGAAAUCAAGGUUUCCACGAGCAGCCAAGGAGCCUCAACCUUGUCACCAUCUUCCCCUAUGACAUCUUGGUGGAAAUACGAUGUGUUUCUUAGUUUUAGUGGUGUAGACACCCGUCGAAAUUUUACGGAUCAUCUAUUGGCUGCUUUGAAACGGAAGGGCAUUCUGACCUUUAAGGACGAUGAAGGACUUGACAGAGGAAAAUCCAUUUCAUCAGAGCUUUUGAAAGCAAUAGAGGAAUCAAGGUUUGCUAUUAUCAUUUUCUCUAAAAACUAUGCAUCUUCUAGGUGGUGCUUAGAUGAACUUGCAGAGAUCGUUAGAUGCAGGGAAGAGAAAGGAUUGACAAUUUUGCCAAUUUUUUAUGAUGUGGAUCCAUCUGAUGUACGAAAACAGACAGGAACUUUUGGACAAGCUUUUAAUAAAUAUGAAGAUAAAGAGAACAUAAAAAAGGUAGAAACGUGGAAAGGUGCUUUGAAGGAAGUGGCCAAUCUCUCUGGUUGGCAUUUACAGGAUAGGCAUGAGGCAGAAUUUAUCGAGCACCUCGUGGAAGUGAUUUCGCAUAAGUUAAAUCCAAAAUCCUCAAGCUUUACCAAAGACUUGGUAGGAAUAAAUUCUUCAGUGGAGAAAUUGUUCACUUCGUAUUUUGGUCUUGCGAAUGAGGUUUGUAUGAUAGGCAUUUGUGGCAUGGGGGGGCUCGGAAAGACAACUCUUGCUAGAGCUGUUUAUGAUAGGUUCUCUAAACAUUUUGAAGGUUUUAGCUUUAUUGCUAACAUUAGGGAAGUUUCAGAAAAAGGUGAUUUGAUUUCACUACAACGACAACUUCUUGAAGAAAUUUUGGAGGAAAGAAAUAGCAAGAUAUGGAAUGUUGAUCGUGCAGUUGACAUGAUCAAGAAUAGGCUAUGUCGUAAAAAAGUUCUACUUGUUCUUGAUGAUGUUAAUCAAUUAGACCAAUUAGAAAAGUUGGCAGCGGAGGAUGGCUGGUUUGGAUUGGGUAGUUGGAUCAUUAUAACAACUAGAAAUAAACGUUUGUUGGUCCAACAUGGUGUGCAUAACAUAUAUGAGCCUAAUGUAUUGAAAAGAGAGGAUGCUUUAAAACUUUUUUGUUUGAAAGCCUUUAAAAAUGAAAACCCCAAAGAAGAUUAUAAGCAACUCUCCCAGGAUACUAUACACUAUGCUGGUGGUCUUCCAUUAGCUCUUGUUACUUUGGGUUCCUCCUUGUUUGGAAGAACAAUGGAACAAUGGCAAAGAGCAUUGGUCAAUUUAAAAAAAAAUCCUCACAAAGAAAUAUUUCAUAUUCUUAAAGUAAGUUAUGAUGGACUAGAUGAAGUGUCUAAGGAGAUAUUUUUGGAUAUUGCAUGUUUCUUUAGAGGAAAGACUGAAGGUCGAGUAAUAGAGUUAUUAAAGUAUCGUGGUUUUGAUGCGAGAAUUGGUGUAAAGGUUCUGAUGGAAAGAUGUCUCAUAACCAUAGAAAAUGAGAGAUUGUGGAUGCAUGAUUUAUUACAAGAAAUGGGCAGACAAAUUGUCCUAGAAUCACAUAAAAAGCCUGAAAAGCGUAGCAGAUUGUGGUCUUUUGAAGAUUUGCUUCAUGUAUUGAAGAAAGAUACGGCAGCAGGAGCACUUCAAGCCAUAGUCCUAAAUCGUUAUGAACGGGAAAGACAAGACUGGAACUUUGAAACCUUUUCUGAAGCUUUUUCAAAGAUGUGUGAUCUUAGAUUGCUUAUAAUUCACAAUGUGCACAUCCCCAAUGGUCUGAAUCAUGUUUCUAACAACCUGAGAUUUCUUCAAUGGAUUGGGUAUCCUUCAGAAUGUUUGCCAUCCAAUUUCCAACCAAAAGAGCUUGUGGAACUUUGUUUACAUGAUAGCAAAAUGAAAUAUCUAUGGAAAGGAGUAAAGUAUUUGGACAAUUUGAAAUGCAUGGAUCUUAGAUAUUCCAAGGACCUUAUUGAGACACCUGACUUCAGAGGAGUUCCAAGACUUGAGAGAUUACAUCUUAGUUGGUGCAAUAAUUUGGUUGAGAUCCACCCAUCUAUUGGGCAACUCAGUAGGCUCAUUAGUUUAGAUCUAGAAUACUGUGUCUCUCUUAUUGAUCUGCCCAGCAUGUCUAGUGAAAUGGAGUCACUUAAAAUUCUUAAACUCUGCGGUUGCUCAAAAAUCAGGAAGAUUCUGGAAUUUAAGGGAAUAAUGAGAAGCCUAUCAGAACUUCAUUUGGAUAAGACUACUAUUGAAAAACUACCCUCAUCAAUCGAGUGUUUGACUGCCCUUACUUUAUUGAGUCUAAGGGAUUGUCAAUAUCUCACACGUCUUCCACGUAACAUGGAUAGUUUGAGUUCACUUGAAAAACUUGUUGUUGUCGGAUGCUCAAAACUUACCUACCUGCCAGAGCACCUUUGGAAUAUAAAGUGUUUGGAACAUGAUUGGAGUCGAAUUGCAUUUAGACAGCCUUUAUACAGAAAUGUUUCUGUGAGGUGUCGGUCACUUUCCCCAAGCUCUUCCGGAUUGUAUCCAACCAUAAAUCUAUCUGAUACCAUCCCUGAAAGCAUUAUCAGAUUUUUUCGUGCAACUCAUGGAGACAAUUGCAGGCGGUUGAUUACCCGAUCACUAAGCGGGCUUUUGAAUCAGUAUCUGCAAGGUAGGGACACAUCUGAGGUUUCAAGACUCCAUAGAAGGCUAUUUUUCGAUACAAUCAAUGAAAUUCUUCACCGAAAUAGACAAUUGCCGCCUUGGAAGCCCAAUGCAUGGACGAGUUCUGCUUCACUGCAACAAAUUUCGUCAGAAUUUCAGUGGAUUCAAAAGAGGGAAGCAUCAGAGGACUUGUUUGAGGUGAUUUGUGGUGUGUUGAGAAAGGACUUAGUAAUGGCGGAUACCAUUAGUGGAUGGGUGAACUGCCCGAUUGAGAUGUCUGAAGUGGAUUUGGAUAUCGAACGGCUGAUAUUCAACGAUUUGAUCGGCGAGACCAUCGGAUAUCUCGCUGUUCUUUCCGGGGAUUGUAAUAAAGUCUCAGCACUUCAGGGGCUCCUUUGUCUGGAACCAUCACCAGCACUGCCCGGGCAGAGCAGUUGGUCACAACCCUGGUCGCAGUGGCCUCAAUAUAAUGAAAUCAGCGUUGGAAUGACAUUGACAAUAUUGAAUCGUUACCUACAGGGGCUCCUUUGUCCAAAAACUGGAUAUGAAACUUCUAUCAGAAGGAAAGAGGACGGAUUUGGAAUUGCAUUUCAGAUAAUUAUUCCUGGAUGUGAAAUGCCGUGGUGGAUAACUCAUCAAAGGUCAGGGAACUCAAUAAGCAUAGGGCUGCCUCCAAAUUGGUGUAAUAGUAAGUGGAUGGGAUUCGCACUCUGCGCUUCUUUGGAUGCAUCAUAUUCACAUAUUUCUGUUGAAGAGUUUGUCGUUGGCGAAACAUUUGGACUUAAAGCUCGUGUGAUAGCCCUUGGUGAUAUGCCUCACUGUUAUUAUACCACUGAAAUUUCCUGUAGCACAAAACUUGUUGCGAGGCACAUUUGGCUAUUGCAUCUGUCUCGUGAUGAUUGGUUUGCUACUGCUCGGAGUGGUGAAUUCAAUCAGAUUGAGGUUGUAUUUGAGAGCUCUAGGCCAGGCUUGUUUGUGCGGAAAUGUGGGCUCAGAUUGGUAUAUAAGCAAGAUGUGAAAAUGUUCACCCAAACAAUAUGCAGCAGUAAUCGCAUAACUUUUGAGGGUUGUGGUGGUUCCCAUGAUGAAUUUGACAAUUUAUGGAGAAACUGUGAUGACUAUAAUGAAAAUGAACCUAGUGCAAUUUGCAGCUCUUCUGAGGAAAUUGAAAGUUGCAUCUCUUCAGUCAAUGGUAUACAAAUUUUGUACCCAAGCAACAUUAGUGUAAGCCAUCAAAAAAAUUGUUACUGUCCAGCCCAAGCUCCACUGAAAACAAUAUUCACUACUCAUGAGAAUUUUGGAAGAAGGUUUUGGAGUUGUGGCAAAAUCAAGCAAAAUGUAAGUUGCGGGUUCUUCGAAUGGGAAGAUCAAGAAAUGUGUUCCCAUGAACGAAGAGUGAUAUGUGAACUACAAGAACGCCUGGAGAAGAUUGAUAAGGAUAAAGUUGAUCAAGAUGAGUUAGUUAUACUUCGUGAAGAAAACAAAAACUUGAGGAUUGCUUUGUUGUUUUUUGGGAUUGCUUUGUUGUUUUCUUGGGUUGCCAUUGUAAUCUAUCUAUAUUAUAAUUUUAUAUCUUCAAGCUGA